UCCGUUGGAAAAUUUCCAACGGACAAAUCCGUUGGAAAAUCCGUUGGAAUUUGCGGAUUUUUUUGUAGUGCAGGGAGCAGCACCAGCUCCACAACCGGUCCCUGCACCACCACCGCCUUAUGUACCACCACCUCCACCUCCCGUACAACCAGCUGCAGCUCCUGCACCUGCACCACCUGUGAUGAAUGCGGAAUUUUUCCAGUUCCUUGAUCGAGUGGAGCGUCGUACAGCUCCAAGAUUUGGUGGUACAUCUGAUCCAGCUGUGGCCGAGGAUUGGUUGGACAGGAUGACUCAGAUAUUUGAUCUUAUCCAGUGUCCUGAUCUUUUUAGGGCACACAUAUCCAUCUACCAUCUGGAUGGAGAGGCGAGACACUGGUGGAAAGGAGUUGCCCAACCAUUUGGGGUAAACUAUCAGUUCACUUGGGGACAGUUCGUCCAUGCAUUUCGAGAGAAAUAUUACUCACCUGGAGUACAAGAGGAGAUGGCGAUGAAGCUUAUUAGCCUUCAACAAGGAAAUCGUUCAGUGAAAGAAUAUGAGAGGGAAUUCAAUUCAUUGGCUAGAUAUGGAGGUGAGAUGCUGCAAACAGAGACCUUAAGGGUUAAGAAGUUCGUAAGAGGACUUCGUCCAUCUCUCAAGGCAAAGGUGGAACUUUUGAAAAUCAACUCGAUGUCAGAAAUAGUUGAUAUGGCUGAUCGAGCUGAGAGAACAGAACGUGAAAUCGAAGCAUCUACUAAGAGGUCGACUAACCCCAGUCAUAGGCGUCUAGUUUAAGAUGACAAGAGUAAGGGCAAGGCGGUUAUGCAACCUUAUACAUUCGGUAUCCCGAUGUGCUCACAAUGUGGGAGACGUCACUUUGGCGAGUGUAGAUUGCUCCAGAUUACUUGUUUCCACUGUGGAAGGGCGGGACAUUAUAAGAGCGAUUGUCCCGAGUUAAAAAGAGAAGCACCUAAGAGGAUUGAACAAAGACCAGUUCAUCAACAACCAGCUGCUAAGAGACCAGCGGUGAAGCCUAGGGUCUAUGCUCUAGGAACUGAAGAGCAAGAGGAAGAAGAAACGACAGCAAUCAUAGGUAUGUCGAUAUUUUGAUUUAGCCACAACCUUUCCAAUCUGAUUUGUUCAGGUUUGUAAAUAUGAUUUAAAUUUGUUUUGUUGUUGUUUUCUAUUCCGUUUCGUAUAAUAUUUUUAUUUGAUUGUGGAA